CGCGGACGAGCUAAGUAACUGACAAGACACGCCUCUCUUUGGAUGCCCGUGAUGAGAGAACACGGGUUUUGUUUUUGUUUUAUUUACUCCCUCUCAUACUCGUGGGGCAGGGGUGAGGGGGGCCGCUGGGUGGCGGGACCUGCCUUUUUGCAACGUGAUAGAGAACACGACAAGAGCCCCCUGUUUUCCUUCUCCACAAAGACCCCGCCAAAGACUGGCUACCUCCAACACGCUCACGUACUCGGUUCGAUUAUUGUCGAACAUAGAGACGAAACAGAGUGGCCAAGCUCCAAACGCUGAAGACGACGAAAUGCAUGUGACUCUUCUUCCGAUCUCUAUGCCUAUCUUCUUUCUUGUUCCUCCUCCUCCUCAGCCAAUCACUGGUUCGUAGAGAGAUGGGGAGACAGAGGGAUCUCUUGAGGUUAAUCUUAUGGCUCGUCAUGUUCUGUUGCAGCGCCGUCGCCGGCGAGAAAGGGACCUACAUCGUGCACAUGGCCAAGUCCCAGUUACCCCCCGGCUUCGCCGCCCACCGCCACUGGUACGACGCCUCCUUGCGCUCCGUCUCCGACUCCGCCGACGCCAUUUACUACUACGACACCGUCGCCCACGGCUUCGCCGCCCGCCUCACCCCUGCCGAGGCCCGCGCCCUCUCCCGCCGCCACGGCGUGCUCUCCGUCACCCCCGAGACCCGGUACGAGCUCCACACCACGCGGACCCCCGAGUUCCUCGGCCUCGUAGAUCGCGGAGCGAACGGGUUCCUCGACGUCGAUAGCCCGAUCGGCGACGACGUUGUGGUGGGCGUGCUCGACACGGGGGUGUGGCCCGAGAGGCGGAGCUUCGAUGAUGCCGAGCUCGGGCCGGUCCCGGCGAGCUGGAAGGGCGAGUGCGAGGACAGUGAGGAUUUCGCGGCCGUCAACUGCAACCGCAAGCUCGUCGGCGCCCGGUCGUUCUUUUGGGGUUACAAGGCAAGCGUGGGCACGAUGGAGGAAUCCAAGGAGACCAGGUCCCCGAGAGACCGUGACGGCCACGGCACCCACACCGCCUCCACCGUCGCAGGCGCUGCCGUGCCGGACGCUAGCUUGUUGGGCUUCGCCGCCGGCACCGCCCGUGGAAUGUCGCCCCGCGCUCGCGUCGCCGUGUACAAGGUCUGUUGGCUCGGUGGGUGUUUCGGCUCCGACAUACUCGCCGGCAUAGACAAGGCGGUGGAGGACGGUUGCGGCGUCCUCUCGCUGUCCUUGGGUGGGAAGAUGGUGGACUAUUUCCGAGAUACCGCUGCCAUUGGUGCCUUUGGAGCCAUGGAGAAGGGCGUCUUCGUCUCGUGCUCCGCCGGGAACGCAGGCCCCGUGCCGUCCAGCCUCUCCAACGUAGCCCCUUGGAUGACCACCGUCGGCGCCGGGACUCUCGACCGCGACUUCCCGGCGUAUGUCAUGCUGGGAAACGGGGAGAAUUACACCGGAGUCACUCUAUACAGAGGACCUCCCCUGCCGCCGUCGCCGACCCUGUCAUUGAUCUACGCCGCUAACGCCAGCGAGGAUAUCAGUAACGGAAACCUCUGUUUGCCGGGGACACUCUUGCCGGAGAAAGUAGCUGGGAAAAUCGUAGUUUGCGACCGAGGGAUCAACCCCAGGGUCCAAAAGGGAUACGUGGUUCACGAGGCUGGUGGAGCCGGCAUGGUCCUCGCCAACUCGCCGGGCAAGGGGGAGGAACUCGUCGCCGACGCGCACCUCCUUCCCGCCGCAGGAACAGGAGAAAAGGCCGGAAACGCCAUUAAGGCCUACAUUUUAUCGGACCCGAACCCGACGGCGACCGUAGUUUUCGGCGGGACCAAGGUCGGGGUCCAGCCUUCGCCGGUGGUGGCUGCUUUCUCCUCCCGCGGACCGAAUUCGGUCACGAGAGGCGUCCUCAAGCCCGACAUCAUCGCGCCAGGGGUUAACAUCCUCGCUGCGUGGACGGACGCGGUCGGUCCGACAGGGAUCGCGGUGGACUCCCGGCGAGUGGAGUUCAACAUCGUCUCCGGGACGUCGAUGUCGUGCCCGCACGUGAGCGGACUGGCCGCGUUCCUCAAGGGAGCGCACCCGGAGUGGAGCCCCGCCGUCAUCAGGUCCGCCCUCAUGACCACCGCCUACUCCGCCUACGCCGGAGGCGACGCCCUCCUCGACGCGGCCUCGGGCCGCGCCGCCACACCGUUCGACCUUGGAGCUGGCCACGUGGAACCCCGACGGGCGAUGGACCCAGGGCUCGUCUACGACCUCACCGCCGAAGACUACCUCGACUUCCUCUGCGCCUUGAACUACUCGGCCUUCCGGCUGGCGAUCCUCGCCAGGAGAAGCGACUUCGCGUGCGACGCCGCGCGGGCCUACGCGGUGGAGGAGCUCAACUACCCAUCCUUCGCGGUCACGUUCCCGUCCAGCGGCGGGGAAGCUUCGGUAUCGAAACACAGGAGGACGCUGACGAACGUCGGCGAACCGGGCACGUACAAGGUCACGGUGACGGCGGCGGAGGGAGUGAAGGUGGAGGUGGUUCCGGAGGAGCUUAUCUUCGGUGUUCCGGGGGAGAAGAGAAACUACACGGCGAGCUUCUCGUCAUUGGCGCAGCCUCAGGGAUCGUCGGGGUUCGGACGGCUCGAGUGGUCGGACGGAAAGCACGUCGUAUCGAGUCCGGUCGCCUUCAUGUGGGUUUGAAAUCAUUAUCGUAUCAAAUCAUUAAAUUAACGGAUUUGUGCCUACGGAUGCUUAAUCAAAAUUGAUUAGCGGAUGACAGGAUUAUUAUAA